UGUGGUUCGGCGCUCGAGCGGCUCGGAGGACGGGAUCGUUUGGUUUAAAAAAAACCGCCUUUUUUUUUAACGUGAAGCGGUGGUGUUUUCUCCGGAAAGGAAAAGGCAAGGGGUUGAGACAAUGCCAUCCAAAACGUUCUCAGUUGGGGAAGUAGUAAUGGGCCGUUGGCCAGGUGGUCACCUAUACUACGAGGUGCAAGUAAUGAGUUACAACAAGAGCACCCAGUUGUAUACAGUAAAGUACAAGGAUGGGACUGAACUGAAUCUAAAAGAAAGUGAUAUUAAGUCCAUAAAUUUCUUUAAAACGAAGAAAAGCAGUUCAGGUUCCAGACAACGCAGUCGAUCUCGAUCACGGUCUCCUGCCAGGACACAGACACCCAAGCAGUCAAACUCCCGGGGCAAGGAGCCUAGGAAAUUAGUGGAAAAGGAAGAAGUACGAACAGUUGAUAAAAGUAAACUGAAAUCUGCCCAUCAGAUUCAAGAAAAUAGCACCAACAGUAAAGCUACAUGUGUGACAGACUACACCGGAGAGAAAGAGAAGAACAAGAUCUACAGACUCAUUGAGCAAAAGACAUGCAAAGAAACUGUAACAGAUCAGUUGGGCCUGUACAAUCUACAAGCCAAGAAAGAAGAGGCAAAACUUGUAAACCUGGAGGCAAAAGAUGGCCAUCUACAUGCUAAGAAGCAAGUAGUGCAGAUCCAAGAGCGCGGGUUCGGAGCACGAGUCGGUGCUGCUGUUAUGAUAUUCUUGUUGCCUGCUAUUCUCAUUCUCCUGCUGUUGAUGUGUACACAAGAUGAACCCAGUAUUCUGAAUUUACCACCACAAAUUCCACAUCCCCUGGCUCUAUGGAACAGUACUGCCUUUGGCAUCUUUGUCCUGUGGUUCCUUUUUCAGGCACUACUUUAUAUGUUGCCAAUUGGAAAGGUUGUUGAUGGAAUGCCACUAGCAAAUGGAAAGACACUUAAGUACAGAAUCAAUGCAUUAUAUGCCUUUCUAAUGUGCGCAGUGGUGUUAGGAGUUGCUUUUUACAAUGAGGUGAACCUGAGCUACAUCUACGAUCACUUGCUACAACUUGCACUCUCUGCCGUGAUGUUUGCCUUUCUGUUCAGUAUUUACCUUUAUGCACGUUCCUGGCGUGUUCCUGCAGAUGAUCUGGCUCCUGAAGGAAAUUCUGGUAGUUAUGUUUAUGACUUCUUUAUUGGCCGUGAAUUGAAUCCACGUAUUAGAAACUUCGAUCUGAAGUACUUCUGUGAGCUACGCCCAGGCUUAAUGGGCUGGGUUGUCAUUAACUUGGGAUUGCUGUUUGCUGAGAUGAAGGUGCAGAACAGGGAUGUCCCCUCACUGGCAAUGAUCCUCGUAAACUGCUUCCAGCUUCUCUAUGUACUUGAUGCACUAUGGAAUGAGGCAGGAAUUUUGACGACCAUGGAUAUUGUGCAUGAAGGCUUUGGUUACAUGCUGGCAUUUGGCGAUCUGGUCUGGGUACCAUUUGUGUAUAGUCUACAAGCUUACUAUCUGGUUAAUCACCCGAAUGAACUGAGCUGGCCUUUGGCCCUGGCAAUUAUUGUUCUCAACACUGUCGGUUAUACCAUAUUCCGGGCAUCCAACUCACAGAAGAAUGCCUUCCGAAGGAACCCUCAUGACCCCAAAUUGGCAUAUUUGAAAACUAUCCCCACUGCAACAGGGAAGAGUCUAAUUGUUUCUGGAUGGUGGGGAUUUGUCCGUCACCCAAAUUACCUGGGAGAUCUGAUCAUGGCUUUGGCUUGGUCUCUGCCCUGUGGCUUUAAUCACAUCUUUCCAUACUUCUAUGUGAUUUAUUUCACUUGUUUGCUUGUUCAUCGUGAGGCCAGAGAUGAACAUCAGUGCAGGAAGAAAUAUGGUGUAGCUUGGAACAAAUACUGCCAACAGGUACGAUAUCGGAUCAUCCCCUAUGUCUAUUGAGCAAGAAUGUGCACAAAGAUCUGUUUAAAAAUAUUGCACAUGAUCAAGGAAGAUUAUUGAACGUAUUAAUCAUGCAACCUCAGUUUUUAAAAAAAAGUAUAUAUUUUUUCAUUUCUACCCUGUCAUGUUUUGUUUGGAAAUAAAAAUCUUCAUUAUGUUCAGUCAGCCACAUGCCUUGUCACUUCAAAGGCAUGGGAGCUUUCUGACAAGUUUUAAUAUAUUUGUCUAAUGCGUGGGUAAUUGUUCCUUAUUGUGCAGUUUUAGCAUAUUACUUGCUUAACAGAAGUCUUCCCUUAUCUCAGGGAUUUGUGAAAGUGGAACACUCUGUAAUUGGAACAUUGAUGUUUAUCGUGGCUCACUUUUAAGAACACAAUUCUUCAUCAACUUCCCUUUAUUGCCAGUUGUAACGCAUCUUAAAUUGAAGUGACUCUCCAAUAUUUCCAUUAUCUUCUGUCCUUCAUUUCUUCAUUCAUGGAUUACAAUGAAUGAAUCUCCUCCAUUACUUCACACUCAUAAUUAUAGGCUAUUUGAUGAAUACUCUUAAAUAGGUCAUGUUAAAAAUAUAACAUAACAUGAAUUUCAUGCCUUUUCCCAUUUGUUCAUUUGACUGAGGUUUCCUCCUUCAUUCCCCAUGUUUGAGAAUAGGCAAGUCAAGAACUCAGAUGGCUGGCUGUUCUUGAAUGUUCUGAUGCCCAUUCCAUUUAGUGCCAUUCUUCCCUCACACUUUUCAUUCUCUUUCUCCACUUGCUCUUUCAAAGUCAGCUAAACUUUUAACAGGGAAUAUGGUAUUUGGGUUGUUUAAAUGAUGAAGGCAUGAAUUCUGUGUUUGAGUAUAACUCCUUACUUUUACAUUGGUUUGUCUGUUACUCCUCACCUCUCACCCUCUCCAACUGUUAUCCAUUCAAAAUUUAAAUUUAAACCAGGCUCCCCUUGCUGGGCACCUGGAACAAUUCCAAAUGUAAGCUUGUUAAGUCUUAGAAUGUCCUUUUAUUACAUUCUACUUUGUGUGUACUUGGGUUUUUGCUGGAUUUCAUGCUAAAAUGAAGAUGUACAGUGUUUGGCUGUCUGGUAUGACAGUAGUUAAAAUGCAUUUUAGUCACUAGGUUUCUUUAAAUGUUCUGCUGGUGUCCAGAAUUAACCGGUCUUUAUCUGUUUUGCAUGAAUUGGUGUAAGGAAAUGUGGACACACAUUCUACUGCAGUGAAGCCUUCUAUGUAAAGGUAUAUUUUGGUCACAGACAUGGCAUUUGAUCUGCAAAUGUUGUGGUCCGUGAGUAAUGAGCUGUAUCAAUACCCGGCAGCCUGUUGGUAGUGGGUGCAGGAUCUUUGUUCAGUGGCUGAUAUAUUUUCUUUAAA